AUGGCUGCGUCGGACGAUGAUGCUGAACUGGAGGCUGCCAUCGCCAUGUCUUUGGCUGAGAACGAUCAAGCAACCAAGACUCACGAUGGCACCACCGGAGAAACUUCUGAAGAAUCCGGGCCCACGAUUUCUGCUCCUGCACAAGCAACAAGAAGCAUGGAUUUAGCAGGCAUUGAUAGAGCAGCCAUGGAGCGUGAGCGGUUGGCCAGACAGGCUGCUCGGAAACGUGAACGCCCGAUUACACCUCCCUCCCCACGGAAAGCGCCAAAGCUGGAGACCACGACUGUCGACCUACCCAGUGGCGCCAGGCUGAACAUGUUUUCGACCUUGGUUGACCAAGAUCAAGCUGGUCGCAAAUCAUCAGUUGCGCAAGCCGCGAAUGCUCCGCUCAAGGUCGAGCCAGAUAUGAAAGCGGAUGAAUCCAAGUCGCAGAGCAUGUCGGCUGCUGGAUCACAAGGUGGUCUGGUUUACCCAAAUGGCAUCGUGAAGAAGACGUGGGCUUUCGGCCACGAACGCACAGGCGACGACAUCAAACUCGAAGAAGUGCUCGAACCAUUAUCAGUCCGCACAGCCGUCCUUUCUGCCUUCCAAUGGGACACAGAUUGGGUGCUUUCCAAGCUCAAAGUCCCGAAGAAUGGCGGGGAUACGAAAUGUGUCUUCGUGAUGCAGGCCAAGGAUGAAGCGCUUAAGCAGGAGAUGCUGGAGCAGAGUGAGGGCAUGCGACCGUUUCUACGAUUGUGCUUUCCUCCUAUGGACGGACAGAUACACUGUAUGCAUUCGAAGCUUAUGCUGCUGUUCCACAAGCAAAAGUUGAGAGUGGCGAUACCAACCGCGAAUCUACUGAAUUUUGAUUGGGGCGAGACAGGCGUCAUGGAGAACAGUGUAUUCAUUAUUGAUCUGCCACGACUCGAUGAAAGGGUCAAGGCUACGAGGGACGGCCUUACAGAUUUCGGCCGUGAGGUGAUGCACUUUCUGGAGAAGCAGGGUAUGUAUCAGGAUGUCAUGGACGGCGUGCUCAAGUUCGACUUCUUUGCCACACGAGACAUGGCUUUCGUUCAUACUAUCGGCGGCAUCGUGUAUGGUGACGAGGCCAAGCGAACAGGUCUGCCUGGCUUAGGUCGUGCUAUUCGCCAGCUAGGACUACAAGCAGAGAAUCUCGAAAUCGACUUUGCAGCGUCAUCCAUCGGCUCACUGAAUGACGACUACCUUCGAGCCCUCCAUGCAGCGGCCAAAGGAGAAGAUAUGCUAGGUCGUGCAGAUGCAGCCGCGAGUACAGCCAAAGCCACCUUUUUCAGCAAAGGCUCCUCCAAGCCAGCACCGGAAAAGAUUCGCGACAAGAUCAGGAUAUACUUCCCGACUCACGAAACUGUCACGUCUUCCACGGCUGGCUCAGCAGGCACGAUUUGCCUAUCACGGAAAUGGUGGGAGAACAUGCCGUUCCCGCGAAGUGUGUUUCGGGAUUAUAUCUCGACAAGAUCCGGACUGCUCAGCCACAACAAGAUCCUUUAUGCUCGUGGCAAGCGAAAGUCGACAGAUGGCAGCAAAGUCGAGGCUGUGGCCUGGGUAUAUGUUGGAUCUGCGAACAUGUCCGAAUCAGCCUGGGGAAAGCUGGUUCAUGAUAAGAAGGUCAAGGCGUGGAAGAUCAAUUGUCGGAACUGGGAAUGUGGUGUUCUACUACCUGUGCCUAAGGAGAAGCUUGGUGGUGUGGUGAAGGCUGAGGAGAAGUCUGUGGCAGUCAAGAAGGAGAGGUUGGAGGGUGAGGACUCGGAAACGGAGAGCGAGGAUGAGACUAAGCACGAAGACUCCGAGACGGAGAGCGAAAACGAAGCUGAGAGUCAGCGGUCGGGUACCAAUGGUAAAAAGCGACCUUUGAUCGGCAUGGGUGUCUUCCAUGGUCUUGUGACUCCACCGUUCGAGACACCUGGCAAGGACUUCGGUGAUCGUGAGCCUUGGUAUUUUAUGGAGAGCCGUGACCGGUAG